GCGAUCACAGCUUGUUCGAGUAUCUUAGCAAACUCCGCACUUCAUUAGUUGGUGAAAUACAAUUGUUGAGUGUGGUGCGUUUAGUCGAUUUGGUAAUUUAGAGUCAGAACUGUGAACAGGUGAAAUGGUUGACGAAGGAACGAGAACUGCGGCGCAAUUGCAGCAACAGCUUGGGAGCCUAUUCGGUGCCAAGGAUAUCAUUUCGUGGGAUCUGUACGACGAAGAUGAUCGAGAGUAUCUCGUGCGAAAAAUUGAACUACUAAUACCAGAUAUUGAUAACUCGAUUGAGAACGCACAAAGAGAAAACACGCGGCUGGGAAAAUUAAGAUCCACUCUUGUAGCAGCUCUUUGGAAUCAAAGAAAAUUUUAUGGCGGCAAACUUCUGAUGUCAAUACAAUAUGUGAUUUACACGAAGGAAAUUGAAAAUGUGGAGGAAGCUGUUAAGGAAAUUGAAUACUUCGUGUAUCCGCUUUUCAGAGUGCGAAAAUGUUGCCAUGAUGAGAACAGCACAAACUGCUGCAUGAUUUUCGUUGAUGACAAUGGACGUGUUUACCAAAAUUGGGCUGACUAUAAAUCAAACAACACUCUGCCGAAAGGAAUUUUAGUCGCUCCUCGAAAUGGGUUCUAUAAUUUCGAUGAAAAGGACCGAAUUUUAUUGGAAUGUUUUCCUACCCCAGCAUCACAUUUGCUGUCUCGUGUUGGUAACGCUGCGAAUAAAACGGCAGGGAUCGUAGGAGUCGGAGCUGCGGCUGUUGCGCUUACCGCAUUAGCGUUUCCAGUGGCUGCGCCAGUUCUUGCCGUCGCGGCUGUAGCAGGUAUUGGUUCAGGAAUUUGGGGAGCAGGCGCUGCAGCUAAACGAUUAAUUGAUCGCGGAACUCACGAAGAACCGAUACACUUGAAAGAUUCUAAGGCUAGGUCUGACUGGAUAGGCGUGGCUGGAGCUGUAACUGCACUUGGAGCUAGUGGCGCAACUGCAGUCUUGUCACACCAUACUGCACUUGGUCAAACUGCUUCAGAGAUCCUUAUGGGUACAGUGAAUAGUUUGAAUAUCGCAACCAUCGCCAUCAACGGUGUAGGUGUGGGCAAUGGAGUCUUCGAAAUUAUACUAAAACGGCUUAACAAGGAGACAAUUACACCACUGGAUGUGGCUCAACUUGGUUCUUCAUUAUUCUUACUUACCCACUCCGUACAUAACUUUGAAACGGUUACGCGAAUCAUAAUUGCUCUCGAAGACAGAAGCAUAGAAAACACCCGAGAAGAGCUGAGCAAACGACAGAGGGAGCAGCUUGAUCAUGCACAUAAGAACAUUGUCAACUUGCUGGGAUCCGAUAAUCAGGGCAGAAUGGAUGUGAUUCGAGCAUUGAAUAGUAUGCCUGAUUCGAAACACCUCGACCAGCCAAUAGUACUUGACAAAAAGGACCGGAUCCAGCUGGUAGCUCGAGAAAUGGACAUAUUGGGCGAAAAGGCAAUCAGUGCAGCUAGUGAUAAAGGUCUUCUCGAGGACACUAUCGAUAAUGUUACUGUUCAUGUAGCUGACCCACAAGCUUUAGAUAAACUUUGCCGAAUCGCAAGAGACUAUUUUAUUGAACGUGGCCAGGAAAUAAGCCGACAGUUAUCCCGGUUCAUACCUUUGGAGGAAGUUUUAUGGGUUACUUAUAAAAUAGUAUAUAAAUUAUGUGAAGGGCAAGGUAUCAACGAUUUUUUGAGCAGUGUCAAUGAGACUUUUGUGACAAGGAAGAUUGAAUCGUAUUAUAAUAAGUUAAUUCCUAACUUAGGAGAGAGCAAAAAGUGCAAAGAUUGCGGAGGAUUCUACACAUUACGGCCAAUAGAAAAGAAUGAUCAGGGUGGUAGUGAUUAGGUAGAGAGUGUCGUUUCUAUUAAAGUUAUAUUGUUUGCAAUAAAAAUAAAUGUGAUUUUAA